AUGGCAGUCUGGAGCCCAACUACGGUCUUCGUAGCUCUCUUCCUCAUCUACCUCACCUCCUUCAUCUUCCUCGCCAUCAUUCGCAUCGCGACCGGCAUUUCGAUACAACGAAUCGGCUACUUCUCCCUCCGCCGCAUUGGAUACUCUCCAAAGGAAGGAGUUAAGAUCAGUAUCCGUCAGCUGGGCCUAUCGAUCCAUCGACCGUCGUUUGCGCAACCUACUUACAUAAGCGUGAAGUUGCGGGAACUGGCAGUAACCAUUGACCUGCCGGCUCUGAACAGCCACCAACGUGAUGCAAAGAAAAGGACACUGGCAGAGGAAUCUGAUGAUGUUUCGGAAAAGGAUGAUGUGUUGGGUGCCGGUUUUCAACCGGGACCCUACCACAAGACACGGAGUAAGGCCUGGAAAAUGCUGACGAUGUCCAAGGAAUGGAUUAAAAUCCUUCAUAGACAGAUACAAUGGCUGGCGAUAGUGGAUGUUGUGGCUACAGAUACGAUCCUUAAGGUUGUGGAUGCUGGGGAGAUUCAGAUCGGAGGACUCACAAUGGCUGUUGACACCAGGAAGAAAAUGAUGGCGAGGGGCAGGCUGUUCCGGCACAAGAAGGAUCCGCAUGGGGACCGACGACCGGCGGAAUGGAUUUUCAAUGUUCGGAAUAUUAUGCUUGCUGUCGAUGACUGCGAAGCAGUGGAAAUAUUAGACAACCUUGGCCUGACCAUCCAUGGCAUUCUCCACAAGGAUCUGGAAGGACUGAGGGACGUUUCGAUUGCCGUAAAGGCUGGGAGACUUCAUGUUCCGUACGAUGACUUGGUAAAACUGGGUACGCGUAUGAAGGAAUCUCUGCCGAUUCAAAAGAAUGCAGCUGGCGAACUAACAGGCGAUGGGAUAUCUUCUGAGGACACUGUGCAGGAACUGUCUCAGCCGGGUAGUCGUCAAGAAGCAAUUUUCCAGACCGUUACCGAUUCUAGGGAGUUUCUUAGUUCGUUGUUGCGUGGAAUACAGGAAAUACAGGUAGCACUGAGUUUCUUCCGUCUAUCCCAGGUUGUGCAGACAGUACAGCCUCAAAGACCGCUAUAUCUCAACGUUGUCACUCACGAAGUUGGGAUUGAUUUGCAUCGGAUGGAUCCCAAUCGUCCUGCACAUCGCAUGUACUUUCAACGAGAUGACAUCGCCCAUCAGGCUCUUUUAGCCGCGAUAUCAUUGUCCGUUUCCCUCGAUGAUAAUAUUGGACAGACCGAUAAAAUCCUGUACGUCCCCAUGGCUACGACUACCAUUAAGACCACUUUUCCUUCCAAAACCGUAUCCUACUCAGAGCACAGAGGGGUUGCUGAACGCAAUACCAAUGUCUUAUUUGCCAAUCUUGUUGUGACAUCCCCAUCAAUCGAUCUUGAGCCAAAACAUUUGUCCCAAAUACGAGAUAUCCUGCAGAGGACAAAACCACGUUCCCGAAGCAAAGUCCGAAACAAUCACGUUCUCAUCUCUCAUAUUCUACCAAAAGCGAGUAUUAAGUUAUCAAUACAUGAACCAGUCCUUCGCUUUGUUCUUCCUUCCCCCGAAACAGGCAAGGAUAACAAUUACAAUCUACUUAUUUCUUCCAUAUCGUCGAUUUCACUGGAUAUCGAAUCUUCACAUUCUGCUGAAGACGGAAUCCACUAUUCUCUAUCUUCCAUUUACCGGGUAGCUUCACACCAACUUUACUAUCAGACUUUCUCUGGAAACAAGCAUCGACUGUUAGCCACACAGACGAUGGAAGUAAAUAUCCAUCUCAAUGCAACCCCCGAAGUUUGCGUCGUUGCUUCGGGGACUUUGAACACCUUCUCCAUACAUCUGGUUAGUGGGGAAGUUAGCCGUGGUGUGAACCAGGUGGUCGAUCAGUUCCAUUCUCACUUUCAACCAAAAAAGCUAUCUUCUCUCGAGGCCAACCAUCCAAGCUUCUUCAGGCGUUUACCUCCAUGGCUUCUCCAAUUUCAGUUCGAGGCCUCCGGCUUCAGCGUUGAGGUUGCCGGAAUCGACAAUACCAUCGGGACGACUACUCGUGGUAUGGUUUUACAGCUUCAAGGAUGGACGGCCGAUUAUGAAUCGCAAAAAGCAGAACCGAAUCGAAGAUCUGUCAAACGUCGAACACCAAGUCAUUCCGCCAGUUCAGACGACCAUUCCUUCCGAUUUGCCUCAUCAUCCCCUUCUCGAAAGUCUCAGCAUGGCCCGGCCGAUGGACGACGUCUGGUAUUCCAUGUUCGCGGUCUGGAAGGAUUUGUGAUAGAGUCAGCCGACUUCAUGGAGCCGGAAUCGUUUGUAUCUGUACCUCGCUUCGAAGUGGCAUUAAGUACGUCAAGUGACCUACAGGGCCCGAUAUUUCAUAUCAAUUCUACAGUCAAGUCGAUAUACCUCGACUGUUCCCUCUACCAGAGCUAUGCUGUUGGCAUCGCUGUUUCAGUAUUACGGGAUGCCCUUUUGCGACCAACGACUAAACCUACAACCACUACUUCGCCGACGAAGAUUGUUCCCGUCAAAUUCCCCAUUAAUCCUUCAUCCGCUGAGAUUAUUACAGUUGAUGUUAAAGCAUCGUUGAUUCAGGUAAAAUGUUUGAUGCCGGCAGACCCCUCAAUGAUGCUUCAAAUAUACGGAUUUGCUGCCGGUCGUCACCGAUGGUCUGCCCCCUUUAUGCGAUCACAACUUAUUCGGCUUCACGCUGAAGCUCCAAAGUUAAAAGGCGCGUGGGCUCGAGUCGUGAGUGUAAAUAAUAUUCGUGUGGGAUUACGGGAAUCGCAACGCAGACCAGACGGGACAGUUAUUGAAGAAAAGUCUAUUGAUAUUUCUACCGAGUUCAUACGACUUGCUGUACCCCAUCAGAUGAUAAUGUACCGAAUAUUCGAUAACUUCAUCAAUACCGCAAAAUCUGUGCAGCAGCUAAAUCACCGCUUCAAGACGAGGACGAAUGAGUACGUCCUGGAGAAACAUCCUGAGGGUCCCAAGCAUGUUCCCCGCAUAUCGCUUCGCAGCAAAGCUUUGCUCUUUGAACUGGAAGAUGACGCUUUCGAAUGGAAGAUAGGAAGCAUCUAUCGUCUUGGCCUAUUGGAACAGAAGCAACGUCUGGCUCGGGAAGAGGCAUUCCGCAUGAAGUCCAGGAGAUUAGAGGAACUUCAGCAACGGCAGGCAUCGUCUCGAUACCGGACGCAGUCGAUCAACGGUAUCCCAACUCGUUCAACGGCACGCUCGAGGAAGAGCAAUGAGGAUGUGAGAAGAAGUAAAAGUGCUGAUGGGCGGAGACCGCACACCAGAUCACAACCGAGAGGCAGGAGGCCAAACCGUGCCGUACGAUAUAAUCCGGAAGGUGUACCAGCAAUUUCUGACUCAUUCAAGGUAUCCUCCAACGAAGCGUGGUUUAAACUACAAGAACACAAUGCCCGGAGUUGGAAAAUGAGUAUUGACAAUAACAUGCGUUUUCAAAACACCGCAAUCAAAGAAAUUCGACUUAUGUUUUCUGGCGCAGACGAACCACCGGAAGACAUGCAAGACGAUGAAAACAUCCUUUCAGUUCCCGAUAGACCUGGUCUCCUUUCAGCCCUGAUUAGUGAUGUGCAUCUUGUUAUCGAUAAACCUUCAUUCCCUAUUGACGAAUACCCCAUUUUCCUCCAUAGAAUAGGAAAAGGCAUGCCCCUAGACAUGAAAUAUUCUCUGCUGAUACCCAUGAAUGUUCAGUUGGAUAUGGGCGAAGCCCGAGGAAACCUACGCGACUACCCUCUAGAUCUAAUACACAUCCCCGCCCUACGCGCUGGUCAAUCCUCUCGCCUCCCAAGUUGGUCUCUGCGCACUGAUUUUGUAAUCGCCGAAGAGUUCCGUGACUAUGAGUCCUCACGCCAUGUGAUAGUUAACGUUGUGCCACCAAAUGAAGUUGCAGAUGGUGUCACCAAUCCUGGAUUUUCGAUCGAUGUUAGACGAACGGUGUCGCCAGUCAAAACGUAUUCCGAUGCCAUUAUUGAAAUAAAUACAAAUCUGCCCACUAGUAUAUCGUGGGGAAUGUCCUAUCAGCCGGUCAUACAGGAUAUGAUGAAAAUCAUAGAGGGCUUUUCAAAGCCGGAGAUUGAUCCUUCGGAGCGUGUUGGGUUCUGGGAUAAGAUUCGGUUAAGUUUCCAUUCUAGAAUAAAUGUGGUUUGGAAAGGGGAUGGGGAUGUCCAUUUGCGGUUGAAAGGUUCUCGCGACCCAUACGUAGUCACUGGAUUUGGAGCAGGUUUCGUAAUGUGCUGGAGCAAAGAUGUGCAAUGGGAAAUACACACGAGAGAUGACCCGAGAGAGUUCAUGGCAGUUACAAGCGGUGAAUACGUUCUUGCCAUUCCAGAUUAUAGCCAUCAGGCCCGAAACUCGUACGAAGUGACGUUAGAUUAUGGGUCUACUUCGUCCAGGUGUAUCUCGAAGGAUUGUGCGUUGUUCAAAAAAGUGAUAAUGAAACUCUCGGGAAAUGUCCGGUGGCUUUCCGGCCUGGUUUUCGAACGAAACGUCGAUGGUUCGGAACGGUCGUUUGUGUUUAAGCCGCAUUAUGAUGUGGUUUUGAAGAAUCCACGGUACAUAAGUCCUGACGAACUAAAAGAUUAUGACGCUUUCCGUGGAUUCCGAAGUAACCAUAUUCAUUUGUCGCUCGCUAUUGUCGCACCAGUAAGUCGGGUUUGGUCCGUAUCGAAUCGUGAACCAUCAACUAGCUACAAUACUGUCCAUUUGACUCCAAGGUUCUUCACACAUUUUUUCAGCUGGUGGUCACUGUUUUCAGGGGUCAUGUCAUUGCCAGUUCGUCAAGGUUCUCUCUGGCCUGAGUUGACCAAGAUAAGCAAAAAAUUUGGCCGCCAUCUGGCAACUGUCAAGUAUAAUCUAUUUCUCUCGCCAUUGUUUGUGGCGCAUAUUUACAAACACAAGGAUGCCCAUGAUUACGGUGAAGACAUGGCGUCCGCAACCGGAAUAAAGGUUCGCCUUGACAGCUUUAUGUUGGACCUCCAUCAACGGAGGGAACAGGUCAAUGUGAUGGUGAAAGGUCGUUCGAAACAGACAAAGGCAAGCGAAAUGCGAAUCAAUAGAGCCCAGCUGGAUUUUAUAUCCGCUGAUUUCAGGGCAGUAUCCGUUUCCAUUGCGGGAACAAACCCGGAAGAGGGAAACGUGGCCAGCGACAUCUUGUCCGCUUAUCAACAACCAGUCCCUCCCGCCGAUCUAUCCCGGUUCACAAUCCCUGAUAAAGACCUCAACUGGGUUGACAUGGAUGAUUUUGUGGAGGUUGACUGGAUGCUUCCCUCAGAAUCAAAUCCUCGCACUCGAAUUCUCCCUCUUGCAUACUCUCCCCGAUUUUCUUAUUUCCGACAAACGGACCAUGAGGAACGGAGUGUUGAUGAGACCGGAUACAGUCCGUUUGGAGACGAGCCGUCACAUUACUGUGUGAUGUCGCAAGAUAAUGAUCCACGAAGAGUCCAGAUGGAGUUGAUCAAAGAACGACUUGAUAUGAUUGACGCACAAAUAGCUGCUCAUAAUCGGAUGAUUGGAGAGCAGGAACUGCGAAUUGUUCGAGAUAGCCAAGCUGCAGAUGGUAUGAAGAGCCAGUUUGAACUCUUUGUCAGACAGGGUGAAUCGUUACAGAGACGGAGAAAGUUCUUGGUUUCUGGGCUUCGCCGCCUUGAAAAACAUCUCGCCGGCGAUGCAGAGCCGAAUGGCCUAGGAAGUGAAAGUAUCCACAGCAGGCCAGCUUCGGAAUCAGAACCAUUUGCCUCGUCCGAAAAUGGAAGUAAUGAUGCUGAUAUAGAUGGCCUCUAUGCUUCACCGGACGAUGAGUUCAUCAGCGAUUUUGAUAAUCGCUUCAUCAUCCAUAACAUCCAAUUGAAAUGGAACAACUCACUCCGGAACAUCAUUCUUCGAUAUAUUCAUCAGGUAAACCAGAGACGAGGAUUUGUUUACUACAUGUCUCGACGUGCGGUGAAGUUUAUUCUCGAUAUUGUGGAGGAGCAAGGGAAAUCAAAACUGCGGCCUAGAGAGGCGGGUAAACAGCCGCCCACUCCGACUCCGUCGCAAGAACACGAGGGACAUGAUGGCGACGAUGACAUUUCCAUCGAAGAUCGUAUCGAGCAACUUCUUGGCAAUGCUAAUCAAUUUUUUAAGGCUGACGACUCGACGCCUAAAGCAGCUAGACGGCGAUCUUCGGUAGUGGACGGUGCUGAAAAAAUUGCUCCAGACUUCACACCACAAAAUAGUUACCAUCUCCGCCUUAUCGCGCCGCAGAUUCAGCUUCAAAGUGAGAAGAACAAGAAAGCUGUCGCUCUCAUCACUGCCAAAGGCAUGCAGUUGAAAGUUGUCUCAAUAAUGGAUAAACAUCGUGUAUCUGAUGAUGUUUCCGGCUUGGUACAACGUCGAUUCACUCUGGAUAUGGACAGCGCUCAAUUCUUUGUUACUACCCAGGAGAGUCUGUUCAAACAUCUUCAUUUAUAUUCUGGUAAUAGGUACGGAAAUGCGCCAGGGUCUGCGUGGCCUCCAUGGGUGUCCCUGGAAGGUAUGGUUGAUUUCGACCUGGAGCCAUCUGGCUUUUCAAGAAUUAUCCAGAAAACGUCCGCAAGCCUCAGAUAUGACAAGUACAAUACUCUGCGAUUGAAGUACAAUGAAAAGAUUGCAAGUGGUGAUGAUGACAGCAAGGUGCACCUUCCAACAAGCAACGAGAACCGGAUGGAUCAAAUCAUGGUCGAGUUUUCCCAUGUACGCGCAAUCUGCGAUUCGGAUCAGUACUAUUCCAUGUACAUCAUCGUGCUCGACCUAUUGCUCUGGAAUGAGCCACUUGAAAAAGUGCGGAGCGAGAAGCUGGAGAAGAUCAUGCUUGCAUCAGAUUUCAGUGACCUAAGAGGUGCUCCUCAACUGGUGAGCCGGCUGCAGCAACGGAUACGACAACUUGAGGAAAUUAAAAACGUUUUCCAAAUCCAAGCCAAGUAUCUUGACGUUCACGGUUGGCAAGAUCGUGUCGCCCUGGAGAGAGAUUUGACACAUUGUGAGGAUGAAUUGUUCUUUAUCAUGAAAGCUAUCACGACAUCACAGCGCAAGAAUGAAGAACGAGCAACGUCGCAAUCUAGUGGAGUAUUGAGGUGGGCCUUGUCUGCUUCCGAGAUCGUAUGGCAUCUCAUGACGAGUCCCAAGGACCCUCUUGUGGAAUUUCAACUGCGGAACGCAACGUACGCGCGAACCGACAACAUCGACGGGUCGAACCGUAAUACAAUUGAGAUUCAGCGAAUAAACGGUCUCAAUCUUCUCCCCAGUGCUCUCUAUCCGCAAAUGAUUGUACCGUACGUCAAUGAGCACCGAAGACCGCCGCAAAGUGAGGAUGACAAUAUGCUUAGGGUUGAUUGGUUCAUGCUGGAAGCUGUUGCUGGUAUACCCGUCCUGAACCAUUUCGAAGUGACAUUGUUUCCCCUUAAGGUCCAGCUGGAGAGAGAGCUUGGAAAGAAACUGUUCGAAUACAUUUUUCCUGGGAUGGGCUCAAACGCCUUUGAAAAUGGGGCCUUUUCACCGUUUGUGAUAAAGCAUAUGCGGCCUCUGGGUGAAGAAUCGGGGAGUGAAGAUGAUGAGAGUAUCGCACCUGUCACUCCAGCCAGUAGUAUUGCAAGUUCCUCGAAAGAUGAUUCUCAAGCAUCCACUUUAGGCCCAGGAUCCAUAGAGUUGCGUCUAAAACCUACUCUUUCGCUAGCGGACCAUCGCCCUUCAGGUUCCCCGUCUAAACGGAUCAGAGGCCUCGAGAUGACUCCCCUCCAUCGAGAGCCGGUCCGGCAACUAACUCCUGACGAAGGACCAUGUUCGGCUUCUCGCCCUUCGACAAGUCGUAUACCGAAGAAAGCAUCUACUGAUAGUCUCCGUCCUGGGAGCGGGCAGCAAUCUGAGAUAUCAUUAGUGAGCAAUCAAAGCGUAAUCGGAUCGGAAGGGAAGCCCAAGAAAUUCGGUUUACAGAGGUCCUCUGCCAAGCCUAACAUGGCAAAAGGCGAUAAGGCCUCUGACGAUCUAUCGCAAAUGGUGUCUCGUGCUUCCAACUUUAUGACCCUGGCGCAUGUUAAAAUCAACGAUGUCGUUCUUUGCCUGAGUUAUCAGGGAAAAGGGGAGCGCAACAUUGAAGAUGUCCAUGAUUUUGUCUUCAGGCUGCCCGUGCUUGAAUAUCGAAACAAGACCUGGUCAAACCUUGACCUCGCCCUUCGACUCAAGAAAGAUGUUAUUAAAGCUCUCAUCUCCCAUACACCAGCAAUCCUCGGAAACAAAUUUUCCCACCAUCGCCCCACGAAGCAACAACAAAGACGUCUUCGAGAACUCGCCUCCUCAUCUCAAGUUCUUAGUGUGACCGACAUUGGCCAAGAGAUACCCACUGCGCCAUCGUCAGAUGGAGGAGGUAGUGUCAUCAGCCACAGCUCUGCUAGCGAAAGAUCUGAAUCCCCGCCCCGUCGUUCCUUCACUUCAGCUGCUUCACCCCUUGGCCGAUCAAACUCGGUGUCAUCCAGUGGGGCUGCUUCUUCACCGAAUCUCCCCGUAGCAUCAGACUCACGGUCCGCCAAAAGUGACCACAUUUGUAGUCGCGACGAUGGCAAUCACCUAUUCCGUGAUAGAGUCUCGAGACAAGUGGCGGGCGACCAACGAUCUGUCAACCAAAGGAAUGGCAAUGGCCAUGAUAAUGACGUGCCAGAUGAAGGGUGA